UUUCAUAACAUGUGCCUUUAAACCAAUUGUAGUAGCAAGUCUCAACCCUUGUUUAAAGCAAGGAAAUUCUCAAAAGCUGGUUGCAUCUAUCGAUCACCACUGAAGGUUGCUUGAAGGGAACAACACUCUUUCACUUUCUUUUCCAACCACUUUUUUUUCUCGUAAGGGGGAGGAGCUAGAGAUUCAAUUCGUGCUUCAUCAAUGGAAAGAUAUCAACUAUCCCUUCACAUGAAUGAUGGCAAUAAAGAACAGAGUUAUGCAAACAACUCGUCGAUGCAAAGAAGAGUAAUAAGUAAAACCAAAACCAUACUUGAAGAAACUAUAAUGAGGCUGUUGUAUUGUGAUUCUUCUCCUAGCUGCAUGAAGGUGGCAGAUCUAGGUUGCUCUGCGGGACCAAAUACACUUCUUGUGAUAUCAAAUAUUAUUGACAUGGUUUAUAAAGCAAGCACCCACUUGAAUCAUGAACCACCCACACUCCAAUUUUAUCUCAAUGAUUUAUUUGGAAACGAUUUCAAUUCCAUCUUCAAGUCACUCCCUGAUUUCUGUAAAAGAUUGAUAGAAGAUAAGGGUCAUAAUUUUGGUCCAUGCUUUAUUAACGCUACUCCUGGAUCCUUCUAUGGGAGGCUCUUUCCCAAUAAUUCCAUAAACCUUUUUCAUUCCUCCUACGGUCUACACUGGCUCUCUCAGGAUCCAUUAUUGGGGUCUAGCGAGGCAUCGUUACUUAACAAGGGCCAUUGUUACAUAGUUAACACAAGCCCUCCAGAGGUAUACAAAGCUUACCUUAAGCAGUUUCAACAAGAUUUUAAAUUGUUUCUGAAAUCACGUUCGAAGGAACUUGUGCCUGGAGGAGCAAUGCUCUUGGUGUUACUUGGCAGAAAUGAAAUUCCUCCUACAGUAAACGGUUGGGAACCAAUUAGUCUAAUACUCAAUGACAUGUUCUUGGAGGGUUUGAUUGAAGAAGCAAAAUUAGACUCCUUCAACAUACCAGUGUAUCAACCUACAGUUGAAGAAAUUAGGCAUGUGAUUCAGGAAGAAGGGUCAUUCUAUGUUCAACGAUUAGAGAUUUUCAUCCAGCCUUUGGGUGAAAGCAUAAAUGACGGUGGUGAUGAUUCUUUUCUUGAUGGAAAUUUAAAAGCUGAAUCAGUAGCCAAGCACAUGAGAGCAAUAAUGGAGCCUCUCUUGUCCACAAAGUUUGGUGCAGAAGUUAUAAAUGAACUAUUCACCAGGUUUCAAAAGAAAAUUAUGCAACUGAUGGAGGUGGAGAAAUCGGAGUGGGCUACUUUGAUGAUAUCCAUGAUAAAAACUGCUUGAAGAUGUUGCUCAAUAAAAGAUCUUAAAAACUUGUUUUUCUUCCUUUAUGAUUUUUUUAUUUAUUUGUUCAAAUAAAGUUAUGGAGCAGUAAGGACAAGGCAUAUCAUAAUAAAAGAUGAACAACUGUGUGUUAAUUAGUAGACAACAUUUUUUCCUUUUCUAUCCAUUAGGAUAUGGUCAUACACCAAUAAUAUAAGGGUUGCUUAUAUUAAUUUGCUUGUAAUAUUAGUGGUUAAUAUAAGAUUUUUAAUACUUUCCUCAUUUUGAGGAUUGGAGAUCUCAAA